AAAGCUCAGCAGUAGAGGGUGGACAGGGGCUGGCGCUGGGCGCUGUCCUUGGUGCUGAAACAGGCCUUAGUCUGUUGUUGGGGGCAGGGAUUUGACAGGUGGGGCCAAACAUUCAUGGAAUUAGAUCCUUUGAGCCCUGAGUUCAUUUGGUUCCUAAGUCACUCAUUUUAUUUAAUUCAAGUCUCCAUUUGCAUAGUGUUUGGCUGGCACUAUGGAGCCCCAGUGUGUUCUGGGGCUUUAAGUAAAGUUAUUGCUUAACAUGGAUGGAAAAGUGUUUGAACUGCUUCCCUUUUCUUUUUCUUUCCUUCAUCUGACAUGAGUCUGGGGUUCCACUUCUUCCAGCUCUGUAGCCAGCUGGAGCAGCUGGAGCUAGAGAACCGGCAACUGAAGGAAGGGACUACUGGAGCAGGAAAUGUUCAAGCUGGACCACAUGUGGAUGGGGAGCUUCUGAGGCUGCAGGCAGAGAACACAGCCUUGCAGAAGAACGUGGCAGCACUGCAGGAACGCUAUGAGAAAGAGACUGUGAGGUUCUCAGCUGCCAGUGAGGGCCAAGGGGAUCCCCCAGGAGAUAUACUCCCCACUGCCCUGUCCCCCAUGCCAUUAGCAGAAGUGGAACUGAAAUGGGAAAUGGAGAAAGAAGAAAAGAAAUUGCUCUGGGAGCAGCUGCAAGGCUUAGAGAGCUCAAAGCAAGCUGAAACCUCCAGACUACAGGAGGAACUUGCUAAGCUCUCUGAGAAACUGAAAAAGAAACAGGAAAGUUUUUGCCGUCUUCAGACGGAGAAAGAGACACUGUUUAAUGAUAGCAGAAACAAAAUUGAAGAAUUACAACAGCGAAAGGAAGCUGAUCUCAAAGCCCAGUUGGCUCGCACCCAAAAGCUGCAGCAGGAGCUUGAGGCUGCCAAUCAGAGCUUGGCUGAGCUAAGAGAUCAGCGGCAGGGGGAGCGCCUGGAGCAUGCAGCAGCAUUGCGGGCCCUACAAGAUCAGGUGUCCAUCCAGAGUGCAGAUGCCCAGGAACAAGUGGAAGGGCUUUUGGCUGAGAACAAUGCCUUGAGGACUAGCUUGGCUGCUCUGGAGCAGAUCCAGACAGCAAAGACACAAGAACUGAACAUGCUUCGGGACCAGACCACUGAAUUGGCAGCUGAGUUACAGCAUCGGCAGACUGAAUAUGAAGAUCUUAUGGGACAGAAAGAUGACCUCAACUCCCAACUCCAGGAGUCAUUAAGGGCCAAUAGCCGACUGCUGGAACAACUUCAAGAAAUGGGGCAAGAGAAGGAGCAGUUGACACAAGACCUGCAGGAAGCUCGGAAGAGCGCUGAGAAACGGAAGGCCAUGCUAGAUGAGCUAGCGAUGGAGUCAAUGCAGGAGAAGACCCAGCACAAAGAAGAGCUGGGAGCUGUCCGAUUACGGCAUGAGAAGGAGCUGCUCGGGGUACGAGCCCGGUACGAGCGGGAGCUUCGAGAGCUGCAUGAGGACAAGAAACGGCAGGAGGAGGAGCUCCGGGGGCAGAUUCGGGAGGAGAAGGCUCGAACAAGGGAACUGGAGACUCUUCAGCACACAGUGGAAGAACUUCAGGCUCAGGUUCACUCCAUGGAUGGAGCCAAGGGCUGGUUUGAACGGCGCUUGAAGGAGGCUGAGGAAUCCUUGCAGCAGCAGCAACAGGAACAAGAGGAAGCCCUCAAGCAGUGCCGGGAGGAGCAUGCUGCUGAGUUGAAGGGCAAGGAGGAAGAGCUUCAGGAUGUGCGGGAUCAGCUCCAGCAGGCCCAGGAGGAGCGAGACGGUCAUGUGAAGACCAUCAGCAGCCUGAAGCAGGAGGUAAAGGACACAGUGGAUGGGCAGCGGAUCCUGGAAAAGAAGGGUAGUGCUGCGCUCAAAGACCUUAAGCGGCAGUUGCACCUGGAGCGGAAACGCGCUGACAAGCUGCAGGAGCGGCUGCAGGACAUCCUCACCAACAGCAAGAGCCGCUCAGGCCUUGAGGAGCUAGUUCUCUCUGAGAUGAACUCACCAAGCCGGACCCAGACAGGGGACAGUAGUAGCAUCUCCUCCUUCAGCUACCGGGAGAUUUUGAAGGAGAAGGAGAGCUCAGCCAUGCCAGCCAGGUCUUUAUCUAGCAGUCCUCAGGCCCAGCCCCCUCGACCAGCCGAGCUGUCAGAUGAGGAAGUGGCUGAGCUGUUUCAGAGACUGGCUGAGACACAGCAGGAAAAAUGGAUGCUGGAGGAGAAGGUGAAGCACCUGGAGGUGAGCAGCGCCUCUAUGGCAGAGGACCUCUGCCGGAAAAGCGCCAUCAUUGAGACCUAUGUCAUGGACAGCCGGAUUGAUGUGUCUGUGGCGGCAGGCCACACAGACCGAAGUGGGCUGGGCAGUGUCCUGAGAGACCUAGUGAAGCCAGGCGAUGAGAACCUUCGGGAAAUGAACAAGAAGCUGCAGAACAUGUUGGAGGAGCAACUCACCAAGAAUAUGCACUUGCACAAGGACAUGGAAGUUCUAUCCCAGGAAAUUGUACGGCUCAGCAAGGAAUGUGUGGGGUCCCCUGACCCAGACCUAGAACCUGGAGAAGCCAACUAAGACCUACAGGCUGCACCUACUUCCACCCCAUUCCAGAAUGCUACUUGGGCUAUGGUGGGAAAUUUUGGAGGCUGUCAUCAAAUCUAAUAGUUUUGGAGAUGGACAUUAAAGGGUCUAGAGGUUGAUCUGUGGCUGGUGUUGAUGACCCCAAUCAUAUGGUAGAGACCCUUGGGGAGGAAGGAUCCUGAGGGAAGGGCAGGGGUUUUUUUUUUCUUCUUGGCCCUGGCUCCCAAGGGCAUCUGCCUUCAACUCUGCAUGAGCUUUCCCUCCCAGAGUCCAAGUCUUUUCUUUUUAUUUUUUAAUUUAUGUCUGGAAGCCUGGCCACUCUGCAUUUGGGGCUGGGGAUGUCGGGUGGGGGUGCAGUCCAUGCUUAAUGUUCUAGCAAUGUAUGUAUGUGCGUGAGUGUGUGUGUAAAGGCUAUGCAGCCAAAAUACCAUGUGGCCAGACGGGCCAACCACUGA